AUGGACGCAAUUACAACGUCUACUAGUCUUCCCACCCUCUUCUCUUUCGUUCUCGAGAACCUUUCCCAAAUCUGUGUGCCGAUCUCUCCUCAAUUGAUCCCUAUCAUGGCGAUCGUCGCUGGAUUGGAGAGAGGCGCGAGUUACCAAACUUACCUGGUGCCCUACGAUGAUCUACCGCCGUCAAGCGGGAGGAUUGAGUUCGGCGGAGGAGGAUGGCUUGCGCAGGAACCGCAGGGGCUCCAGUUCGAUUUCUUUGUUCCUUCGGUGUGA